AUGAGUGUCAUCAAUAAAAUCGAGGACAACCUCAGCAGUGCCUACGUCGAACACAAGCUCGACCCAAUCGAGAAGUCCCAUCAACACGCUCCAGAAGUUCACGCAACUGGCGAGGACUACCAUAGAGGAAGCCGCCUUUCCGAUGCGUUCGUUUCGCUGAACAAUGCCAUUCAUGGAGAUACCACUCAUAAGACUGGAGAAGCAUUCAAUGAUGCCAAUGAGUAUGAUGGUAUGGAAAGAAAAAUGUCAAUGAGCAAGGAAACGGUACUAGAAAUGGUGCACAGUUGUUUCAUGAAUGCUACUUGA